CGGCCAGUGCCGAAAUUAGCCAAUAGACAACUGUCUUAGUUGGAGGGUUUGGCAGAGAUGUCCAAUGAAAGUAGCGGGUCUAGGCAAGGGGCGGUGCGCCGAGGAGGGAUAGAGUGGAACGGUUGGGGGUGGGAGUUGGCGCUGCGGGCCGGGAGGGGGCCGUGGAGCUGCGAUGCGGACGGCGCCGAGGCGGUGACCGGAGUUGCCGCUCGACAUGAACUCGCUGGAGCAGGCGGAAGAUCUCAAGGCUUUUGAGAGAAGACUUACUGAAUACAUUCAUUGUUUGCAACCAGCCACUGGACGUUGGAGAAUGCUUCUUAUAGUGGUAUCUGUCUGUACAGCUACUGGUGCCUGGAACUGGUUAAUAGAUCCCGAGACACAAAAGGUGUCCUUCUUCACAUCACUGUGGAAUCAUCCAUUCUUCACCAUUAGCUGUAUCACUCUGAUAGGCUUGUUCUUUGCUGGAAUACACAAGAGAGUUGUUGCACCGUCAAUUAUAGCUGCUCGAUGUCGAACUGUAUUAGCAGAGUAUAAUAUGUCUUGUGAUGAUGUGGCCCUACAGAAGACUUGUACCAGCUUAAACUGAACACCAGUAAUAUACAAAUAUCCAUUGCUCCAACUGUGGGGUUUACUUUUUCAACUUGAGGAAAUUAAACUUUUGUAUGUUAGAUGAAGGAGAGAUGUUUUGUUCAGGUAUGUAGUUUUAAUUAUGCUUUGUAAACUUCCUUUGGUAAGGAGUGUGAAUUAAUACAAGUUGGCAUUUUACCAAGUAAAUCGAUGGACUGAUUUCUAGGUAACUAACAGGCAGGAAAGUCACCAGAUAAAGAUAUGUGUGUUUCAAAGUAAUAAAAGUUUCACAAGAAAGCUCCACAAAAAGAAAACUUGGAAAACCUAGGUGUGGAUUGCUUAAUCUUGACCAACUGGAAGUGUUCUGCUGCCCUGCAAAUGCACUGUAAGGUGUAUAGAUAAUUGGUGGUGUUUUUAAUAGAACUGUGUAUUUAUUUUCCAUUUUUACAGACAGGAAAACUGAUUUUGAAACCUAGACCUCAUGUUCAGUGACGGUCUGCACUCAUUGUUACGGGACUUGAAACAGCCUUGCUUCAAAGACAGCAGAGUGCUAUAAGGGUUCCUCUUACAGCUGGCUGUGUGAACUGACAAGAAACGUGCAAUAUUGACCCAGGUCAUCUUGAUGGCGACGACUCCGCGUCAUCAUCGCUUUGGGUACCUUGGAUUACCUGUGUUUCCGUGUUGGUGUCACUUUAGUACUUCACGUUCUGCAAAGACUUUUGCGGAUGAAGUAUGUACGUAUGUUACCAAGUUAAACUGAGAAACAGAACCUUGUUUAGUUUUUAUAAUGUAUUUUUGCAAACUACUGUAAAUAGCAAAUCAAUGCCAAUUUUAAACAGAGGAAAACGUUGUGUGGACUUUGUUCUCCUGCACCAGUAUUUCAGGAACAUCUGCUUGCCAUUCCCACAGCUCCAUGAACCAGCUGUUGUGUAUAGCUGUGGCUUUCAUGCUUGUACUCCUCUUUCAAUCACACUGCAGGAAAAACAUCGGAUGGAGUUUAGACUGAGGAAAAUUCCAUUAUGUUUUAAGAAAUUAUAGAUGUUUUGAGAACCAAUUCGUGUUAAACCAGAUACUGAAUUCCAGCCACUAUUGUGGUUAUAUUUUUCAGUUCUUUGUUUUCAUUUAAUGCUAAAUAUACUUUAUAUUAUAUUUUUUUAAAUAAUUUUAAAAACGCUCCAAAGGCUUCUGAAUAUGCAGAUUAUAAAUUAUGUAUUGUCUGGGAAUUUGACAGUCCUGUUGUUACCGAUAAUUGGAUUUGAUGCUGUGGUAGGCGUGCUGGUAUCACACGGGUGUAAUUGAUCAUCCGUCUCCAUCACAAGGAUACCAUGGGAGCAGUGCCACAAACUAGAGUCGACGAUUCUCACUGUUUCGAGAGUGUUAACGACAUACUGUGUAUGCGUAAUAGCCACAUGUACUAUAAUAGCCCUUAAAAUCAAACUGUUGGGAUUGCUGUAAAUAUUUUAAAGUACUGGAGGUGCCUUUUUAUGAGAAGAGUUGGAAGAGUUUAAAUUAUUUCAUGAGCAAUCUUUUAAAUUUUCAUUUAACAUAAAGCUGAAAAUUCAGUAACAGGACAAAAACUUUUUAACAAGACUGCCAUUUAACUUAAAAUGUGUCCCUCUUGGCUUUCACACGUAUAUUUUAUUCUUUAACUGCAGCAAUAAAACCCUCUGCUCCUAAAGUCUCAAGAGGGGAUUAUAUAUAUUCAGCAUUGUUUUAUUUUCUGUAAAUUUUGUAGGUAAAUAUGUGCAUAAAAAUAAAUACUUUAUAUAUAAUUUGUGAUUGUACUUUUUCUUUGAUUCAUUGUAAGUCUAACUCUGGGGGAAAAAAAACAUUGUGCGUGCCAGGUACAGGCUAGUUCUAAAUGAGAUGUUUUACUUUGUCCAGUAGAGCAGAUUUUAAAAAGCAAUUGUAAGUACUCAGUUGAUUAGACUGUGAUUAUUGUGUCUUAUUCAUCAUCGUCUGGUAGCAUUUGGCUCUUAA